AUGUCGUUCAACAUACGGAUGUCCGGGGAAGACGUGCACGUGCCAGACGUGCCAGUAGGGGGCGAAGGGGGGCCGGCGGAGCAGCCGUCCAGAGACAGCCGCAAGCUGGACUGCAUCAUCUGUUACUCCGCCUUCAACCUGAGCGAGAGGCUUCCACGCAAGCUCUACUGCGGACAUACCUUCUGCCAAGCCUGUCUCUCCCGGCUCGACACGGUCAUUAACGAACAGACGUGGAUCCCGUGUCCACAGUGCCGGCAGAACACUCCCUUACCACGCGGGGGCGCCACAGUGCUGGACCUCGACCUGGCAGCCUUCCUAGGAGUCAAGGCGGAGCUGGAGAACCAACGAAUCAGCACGCGGCAAGGGGGCGGGGCACAGGUGGAGCACAAGUCUUCUUUUGGAAAGCAGCCAAUCACGGAGCAGCCCUCCCCCGCCUGGGGUCAGGGGGCGCUGGCUGGACCCCGCUUCCGAAGGAGCCCCUGCUGCCAGCGGUGCAUCUCUUGCUGCUGGUACUGA